AUGAGAUAAUAAAUCCUUUUAACUUGUUCUUACGAAGACCAUGAGAACAGUCCAAUAAUAGGAAUUUGCACUAAUUAAAAUUGCAAACAUAAAAGAACUUUUUGUAUUGCUUGCAAACCUUAAUUUCAUAUAAAACAUUCAGAUGAUUUGGUUAGAUUAAAUGAAUUCGAUAGUUGGAUUAAAAGUAGAAGAUAAUUGAUUGAACCUGUAAAUCAGCUUAUUGAUGAAGUUUAAUCCUUUUAAAAAUCUCUAAAGUGUUUAGUUGGUAAUGUAGAUUAAAAAAAUCAACCAGAUCUUGAGACUUUAAAUUGUUCAGAAAUAGAGGAGUAUAUUAAUUAAUUAAUUCUUCUCGAAUAAUCAUAAGUUCGGUUGAUUCCAAAGAUUAGAUAAUUAAUUACUUUCCAAGAGAAAUUAAAAAAAGAGAUUGAGAGUCUAAUUUUAAAUAAAGAAUUAAGCGAGAAUGAAUAGUUGACUAUUCAAGAAUUAUGUUACUCAUAACAACUAAAUUCUACUUGUUUAAUUAAAGAUGAUGAAAUUAAAAUAGAAGAGUACAAAGAAACUGACAAAUACACAAAAAUUCAAAUCAGAUUUUCAUAAGAACUAAAAUACGAAGAUAUUACACUUACAAAAGAUUAAUUAAUUGCUUAAGGUGAUCUUUUUGCUCUUUGUGAACCAGUAUUACCAAUGAAUCUUUCAACUAAGUUUGCUUUCAAAUGCCAUGAAAAUGGGAUUUAUAUUGGAGUUUGCAGAAAGGAAUUAAUUUAAAAGGCAAAUUUUAAUCCAAAAUUAAAUAAAAUUGGACAUGGAGCCUAUUUAAUUUUUUGUGAUGGUUCUGUCUACUCACAUUUAGAAAAAGAAAAGAAUUUAACUAACCAAUCAUUCAAGUAUGCUAAGAAUGACAUCAUUUAAGUUUUGGUAUAAAUAGCAGAAUAGAAAAUUACUUGGAUUAAAUAGUCUACGAAUGAAGAAUUUUCUAUGAAAUUAGAGGUCGCUGAAGAUCUUUGUCCUUGUGUGCAAUUAUGGGGAAAACCUGGCACUUAGGUUGAAAUCGUUGAUUUUUGA